UUGCAAAACUCACGCGACUUUUGUUUUUUUUGGGAGUGGUUUUGUUUGUUAAUUAUUUUUGCGUUUAUUUACGGUUUUGCUAUCAAUUUUAAGCUAUUUAAGUUAUUAAAGACUUUGUGAGGCUCCAUCUGGUGAAGAUGAAGUCGUGGGAGAUAGCCCUGGUGGCCAUUGCUGCCGUUUAUUUGUGCUCGCAAGUGAGUUUUGUGGCCGGCUUGGAGUGUUAUGUGUGCUCCAACCAAACGGGCAAUACGGAAAAGUGUCUGAACACCAUCAAGACCUGUGAGUCCUAUGAAAACACCUGCGGAACGGAGAUCCGCUGGGGAUCGCAGCCAUACUUCUCGGAGGGCGCCCUCAAGCAGUAUUACGUGUCCAAGCGCUGCAUGACCAAGGAGCAGUGCCAGUCCAAGCGGAAGCGCUACAUGCAGCUGUACUGCACCCACAUCUGGUACGAGGAUUGGGCGUGCAACGAGUGCUGUCAGGGCGAUCGCUGCAACUACUUUGUGAUUAGCGGUGCAACAUUGAGGCAAGGCUUUGGGCUAGGCUUGACCCUGGGUAUCACGCUCUUGGGUAUGGCAGCCCGGCUCAUUUCAAGAUCUUAGCCGGCAACACACAGAAAAUACCCUCCGCUUGAUUUAUUAAUUUCAACAAAGCCGUCCAUAAGCUAAGUAAGAUUACAUCCAUAACCAUUUCCUUUUGUGGAAUGGAACGCGUCCAACUAGUGCCUUGACUCUCGCUCAAAUAUUUUACAAGUUUUAGUAGAGUAAGUAACGUAAGCACAUGAUUUUUAAAGACAAUUUAUAGGCGUUUUUCGAAUAUUUUAUACAUUCCCAAAAAGAGAAUAAUUUCCCUUAGGAAAAUAUAUUUUAAUUUCUUUGUUUGCCUCAAAAAGUACAGAAAAACAAAGAACUUUGUAGGAAUUUCGAUAUUUUAAAUUCCGAUAUUUUAAAAUUUUACGAUAUUUUCGAUUUGCUAUUGAGUGAGAAUAUUUUUUCCAUAUGCUAAAUCGGAUUUUACCUCUUGAAAUACAUCAAUUAAGAACGAACCUGCAACUCACACUUCCUGCUCAACGAAGACAUUUCUCUAACGAAUUUUAUUUAACAUUCCUUUUAAAAAAUGAACUAUUUUCAAACUAAAUAUUAAUACAUUACUUGUAAAACCAAAUUAACUUCUUGAAAUCUAGCCAAUAUCUACCACAAAAAUCUCAAAAGUUGUAAACAAUCUUUAAAGAACAUAUUUUAGAGACCUUUUCUUUUCUUUUUUACCUUAUUUGUGUCUUGGAAAAAAAGGAAUGAUGACAAAAUUUACAUAUAAUAUUAUAUUAUUCUAUAAAUGCACAAAAGGCCAUCCAAAAGUCUGACAGGCUGCAGUUAAUCUAAAAAUAAUAUAAAUUUAACAAACCACAAUUGAAAUAAUUUUACAACCAAGAAAAUGCCUUGAUUAAAACCACUGUUGUAUCUUAGAAUCUCACACCCCCGACACCCACAAUAAAGCAAUUCUGGCGUCUGUUUGGCGCUUUAAUAUACAAA